AUGUCUUUGCCUAAGAAUAAUAAUAUUCAUGUGUCAAGUGUUGUGGAAGAAAUUGUAUCAAUUGAAGAAAACAUGAAUUUCUUAAGUGACGAAGAUGGUAAUAUUAUAUUAAAUAUUCCAGUUGUUCAGAAUACUAGUGAAAAUUCACAAUUAGAUGAUCUGCUGCAAACUUUUAACUUAAUUGAACUUAAGGUAUUUAUCAAAGGAAGAUAUAAGGAAGCCAUACCCCCUAUUGGUAUUCGUGCUUGUUUCCGAGAAAAACUUUUUAGUUGGAGAAAAACUGAGUACGGAAUUGAUGACGAAACAUUGUCUGAAGCGAUAGCCGAAAAAGUAGUUUCAUGGCUACAAAACCAAUCUAAUAUUGGAACAACAUCAACACCAACAUCAUCUUAUUCUCAAUCAGUUGGAAGUUGUAAGCUAUCUAAGAGUCUAAAGCAGAUUUUAGAAGAAAGUCUUAAGGGGAAAUCUUUAACAAGUUUUUAUAAACAAAACGAUAACUUGACUGAUUCAUUUCGUGCAGAAUUGAUUAAUAUAAUUUUGGAAGACAUAUUUUAUCAUGAAGCUAAGUUAUCACCGAAAGAUUUUCCAAUAAUAGUGGAUGAAAUUGUCAGCAACUUCCCCAGUGAGAUAAGAGAAUACUAUUUUAUUCCACGAGGUAGAAAAGCGAAUCCAGGAGGGAAGCUUUGGGAUAAAUACGUUAAUCAAAAGGCAAAGCGUGCACGCUCAUCAGUUAAAAUUAAAGAAAAUAUAGAUGCUUCGAAUUCCAACUCGCUGACAGUUAAUUCUGAACUCGAUGAAUCAAUUUUACUAGCUUUAAAAGCUUACCUUUCUAGAGAUUUUUCUAAUUGGGAUGAAGUUAAAGAUAAAUGGCAACGAACAUUCUUGUUAAGGCAAAAAGAGUUGAAGUUAUCUACCAAUAAUUAUGAAUUUCUAGAGAACUGGCCUCUUUAUUCUAACGCUCGGUCUAACGAACUAAUUAAUAUCGAUUUCGAACUGAUGCACCCAAAUAAGAGUCAUCUUCUUUUCAGUAAAUGGAAGGGAUUUUUGGAAAAAAUUGUAAGCUAUUACUAUUUACAUAUAAAAGACAAAAGGUCUAAGGAAGUUCUGACAAAUUCGAAGAAUACUACUGAACAAAAUUCAUUAGAUUACAUACACACUAUUCUGCUAAAUUCAGUUAUUUUACCAAACGCACGUUUUUCGGAUAAACGAGGAAAAAAUUCAAAAAAGAUUUCUAUACCAGAUGCUAACGAGAGUUUUAUUGUUCACCUUACCACUAUAAAUGAUUAUGAAAAGGUAAUAUCAGAACUAAAAGAGAAAUAUUAUAACAGAAGUUUAACUAUUCAACCUUUUAUAAUAGUUGUAGGUCAUAGUAUUUAUAAUCUUGAAAAAUUUUACGUAUAUUUUGAUAAAACACUCUUAAAAUGUGACUCUUUUUUGAAAAGUUUAGAUAUUUGCUUUAAAAUAAUUUAUACAUUGUCUUUAGAAUAUCCAAAAGGAUGCCAAGGUCCGUGGCUAUUUAUACAAGAAUACUUUUACGAAAUUAAACCUAUUAAUGAUAACAAAUUAUCAGCCAUUUACUCCUUGUUAAACUUUUUAAAAACAUAAUUAUCAAUUUCAAUAUGUUGAUUUGUUUCGUUUGUAAUAAAGAAAUAUCCCUCUUAAGUAACUUAAUACAACAUUAUCAAAUUGUCCACUUUUUUAAUUCAGCUAGUACAAUACAGUGCAAGCAAGAUGAUUGUACUCAAAAAUUUUCAUGUUUCAAAUCAUUUAAAGCUCACAUUUAUCGUAAGCAUAUUAACAAUUCAAAUAAAAAUUAUAUUCCGCAACCCUCAGACAACCCUAGCUCUACUUAUAUUAGUAAUUUGCCUGUUGCUAAUGAAAAAGUUUCUUCAAAUUGUAACCUUAUAAAUGAUUCAGAAUUAUUGUCAAAAAUUGCUGAUUUAAAAAAUCAAGCAUUUAAUUUUUCUUUAUUUUUGCAUUCCGAGCCAAUGAUGCCAAGAAAAGAAAUAUUGACUGUACAAAAAUUAAUGGAAAAUAUUUUUUCAAAUAUUGAAGAAUGCAUCCGAGAAUCCAAUUCCAAUAACCAAA